AAUACAGCCAGGGGUGGAGACCUAACAUGCUAAUGAGACAGGCGGGGCAGGUGGCGGCGCGUGCUGCCCAGUGCGCCUGCGCGCCAGCUUCUCCCCGCCCCGCAAGCCCGGGCGUUCCGUCCUUCCCGCCUCAGCCGCUUUGCCAACGGCGGGCCGGUGCCGGGGGCCGGCGGGGACUUCUGCGCCUGGCGCCGCGCUGGUGCCGGAGGAUAAGCCCCGGGAAACGCCUCUCUCGGCCUCAUGUCGAUUUCUGUUUGCGCCGAGAGCCAAAGAGCCGCGGGGUCGGGAUCGUCCUUUGGCGACCACGCAGGGACCCAGAGAGGGAGCCCCGGUGACGGCCCGAGGACCCGGAGCCUGCGGACCGCGGAGGGAGUCCCCCCUGCCGUGCGACUCACCAGCGGCUCGGAGCUGGAGUCCCGCGUCCCCGCGGCGAAACGCCUGGGAGGCCUGGAACCAUCUUCCUCACGUGAGCCUGUGGGAGACCCCAGAUACUUGGUUCAAGAAGCGAGCCUCAGAGUCAGAUAAGUGAUUCUAUCUUGGUGGAUUGGUUUGCUGACGUUUCUUUUUGUUGCCUCUGUUUUCCUUUUUCUUCUCUGUGGGUACAUUUCGGGGCACUCCACUCUGGCAAACACCUGUUCUGCCCCUGCUGGGUCUAGAAGACCAGAACCAAUGGUGGGUUGCAUAAUGUGGGCCCUUCUCUUGGCCCUUCUCCUGGGGAUGAGUUGGGAAGGAAAUAACAAAGGGAGGGAAACGUGGGGAGAAAAUUCAAUUGUCAACUUCUCCAGCAUCGUGGCCUCGGGAAAUAAUCUCUCUAACUGUUGGAUCUGCCAUCCCGGCCCACGGGAUGGGGUUUCUAAGCUCCAGUUCGAGCCUACAAACGAGGAUGUGCCUCUCACUUUGACUUCCAGACCCAUUAGGAGCACACCACUCCUGGUGGCGGAACUCAAGGACCGCGAGGAUAUGACGUGUGUGACCCUUACAGACACUUGGAACCAAACUGGGCUCCAGGUUAAGCGCCCUCUUCUCUGUAGAGAACAGGGGCGGCCCUGUUGCCCCUGCGAGACCAACACCUGCCUUACCAGUGCGGGCAGCUCGCCCUCCAUCUAUCCCAUGUCCUUUUCCAUUGCAAGCUCUUCGUGUGUCCCCAACCAGACUCACUGGUGUGUGGACUCCUCUCUGCUUCCCCCGGGCGACCAACCUAACUUCUCCUGUACUCACUGGAAAGGAACAGCAACCCCUUCCUGGAGGCUCACCUAUCAGACCCCAUCUGCCUUCGAUAGCCACGAGGGAAUAGAGGAGGACGCAGAGCUAGGUGGGGGGCCGAUGGACGGAGGGCCCCUGUCCCCCAGGUGCAAGAGCACACCUAAGUGGGGUCCCCUUUUACGAAGCUGGUUUAAUUCCUCUUCAGCCCGCCAGGCCUGUGCCCCCCCUGGAUAUCUGUUCCUCUGUGGGCCGCCACAAAAUAAACUGCCCUAUGAAGGGAGCCCCGAUUCCUCCUUCUCCUGGCCUCUUCGGGCAGUGGCCUACGCGUGUUUAGAUAAUGUCCACUUCCGGGGACAAUGCACUGUGGGACGACUGGGCCCAGAAGGAUUAGGCGCCACUAUAUAUAACGUCACCUCUCAAGGCAGACGUAAGAGAGCACUCGGGCUUAUCUUGGCGGCAGCUGGAGAAGCCACGGGACCGGCUGCCCCCCGGGAGGGGAUUGCCUAUCAUGAGACGACCUUAAAAAGCCUUACCCAGGUCAUCGAAAACCUGGCCUCAAGCGCUGGCGACACCUCAGAGGGCCUCCAGGAGUCCCUAGAUUCCCUUGACAAUAGGUUAGCUGUAGAUUAUCUUCUGGCCACACAAGGGGGUGUCUGUGCGGUAGUCAACGACACGUGCUGUACGUACAUCAACGCCUCUGGGGAGGUCGAACUAAAUACCCAGGAGAUUUACAGACAAGCCAGAUCGUUGCAUGGGUUCAAGAGCCCCAAUGCCCAAACUAUAUAGGACUCAGAGGUUAUAUGCCUAACAUUGCCUGAUUCCGUUCUUUCCUGGGCCCUCUUGUGGCAAAAAAUUCUUCUGUUACUAUUCAGACCCUGCCUCCUUAAUCUUUUGGUUAAGUUUGAGUCUUCUAGAGGACGGCAGUUUCUUGUCAAACAGAUAGUGGCACAAGGGCCCCACCUAUCCAGCCCCAAGAGGAACAAGGUCCUUACAGGUCGUUAGAGCAGUCAGCGGGAGAGUUUUACUCCUUCUGGUAGGACAGGGACGACGCCCCGCUCAGCAAGAAGCAGUUUCAGAAGAUGAGACCUUCGGCCCCUCCUCCUUAGGAAUAAGGAGGGUAAAAUCUCUCCGGUGGAGGUGGGGAGGGGUGAGGUAGACCAGGGGCUGUGUCUGGGACCUCCCCCCCCCCCCUCGCCCUAACCACAAUGCACUUUGCUCUAUGCUUUUGUCACCUUAGGAGAAAAGGCUGAGAGCUACAUGCUUUUGAGCUUUAUAUCUCAUAGGGAUGCGGGGGCAGGAUGUUUUCCAGAAAGAACUCAAAUGAAGAAACCAAACUAAACCAAGCCUGUGCCAAGAUGGACCCCAGCACGGACCCUCACCUACUUUUUUCGUCGUUAGAAUACCAAUAAUCCCGGCCUUGGGUGGAUACUUAACAUGCUAAUAAGACACGUGCUGCGGAAGCAUGUUCUGUCCACUGCGCCUGCGCCCCAACCUCCUUUGUCUCCACCUCCACCUGCUGAGCUGUCCCUCCUUCGCGGCUUCAGCCCCCUUGCAGGCUUUGCCGGCCUUUGUUCCGGGAGCCGGCUGGGACGUUUGUUCCGCCGCCGUCUCUCUGGUCUGGAGCAUAGGCCCCCAAUAAACGCUGCCUGAACCUUU